AUGUCAGGGUUAGUUAUGACGUGGCAAAAGCACUGAGCUUUUGACAUUUAAGAUAUUGUUCUCUAGAGAAAAACUGUUUUUUUGUUGACAAAAAUGACUCAUUUUCUUUUCUUUUGCUCUUAUCAAUGGGGGAAACCAAAAAGUUUCAUUUCAGUUAGAUAGGCAAAGCCGCGACGCACACGCAACGCUUCUGAAAGAGCUAUAGAACCUCAGUUUUGUAUAUAAAAAUACGCAACGCUUUUGAAAGCAUCAAAUUUUCGUUCCAUCCACAGAAUCUCAGCCACUAAAGCUACGGUAUAUUAAAGAACAACCGCGACGCGCACGCAACGCAUAUGAGUCAUUACCCUACAGUAUAUGUUUUUAAUCGCGACACGUACGCAACGCCUCCCAAACCACAAUCUCCAUUUAAAAUUCCCGCCUAUAAACCUACCGUAUCUCAAAAACCGCGACGCGCACGCAACACUCUUCUAGACUAUUUCUCAUUCCAGUUCACCAAACCCAUACUUCACCAUGAAUUCCCCCUACGCCACCAUUGUCGACGCGCGCGAAUUCAACGCUGCACUCUUCGCCGAAAAAAUCGACCGUGCUCUCCGCGCCGGCGAAAAAGAUGUCGUCAUCAAAGUGCUCACCGGAAUCUCGAACAAUCAAAGACAGGCGCUCCGUGAACCGUACAAAUUGAAGUACGGUAAGGAACUUGUCGAUGCGUUGGACAAGAAAUUCAGUGGCGACGCGGAAAAAGUCAUUUUUGCCCUGAUGGAUACUCCGUUGGAUUAUGAUGUUAAGCAAUUGAAACAAGCUAUCAAGGUUGGUUAGAGACGCUGAGACAAAGUUAGAGACGCAGAGACUCUGGCAGCUUCGACACUCGCUUCGCUCGAUUAGAGAGCAUAUAGAAUUAAGAGACACAAAGAAGCCAGAGAGCUAGAGACACAGAGGAACUGCUAUCGAUUAGAGAGCAUGUGGAAUUGAGAGACACAGAGAAACCAGGGACGCAGAGAAACUGGCUGCUGAAGCGGAAGCUUGCGGUUUACACUCGGCCUUUCGGCUUCUAGAUUUAGGCCUAACCUGAACCUAGGCUUCUUGAUGGCCCGGUCCAGAGAAGUGGGCCUAAAAAUCCCAGGCUUAACUACACAGAGAUUUAUCCAUGAUCAGGCCUGAAUCUGGAUAAAUUUCUAUAUAGCUAAGCCUAGGCUUUUAGGCCCGAUUCUCUUAACCGGAACAUCAAGAAGCCUAGGUUCAGAUUAGGCUCUAAAGAGCCCCAAAUCUAGAAGCCUAAAGGCCGAAUGUAAACCGCAAGCUUUAGCUUCAGCAGGCGGUUUCUCUGCGUCUCUGACUUCUCUGUGUCUCUCAUUCCACAUGCUCUCUAAUCGAUAGCAGUUUCUCUGCGUCUCUAACUCUACAAAUUGCCUCAAAUCACUGUUUUUUACGAAAAAAAAACAAAAACAAAAUUGUUUUUCUCUCCCCCAGAUGUUCCAAGUUAGCCUAACUUCCCAAACAAAAAUCUAAAAAUUUGCAGGGACUCGGAACCGACGAAGCUGUGCUCAUCGAAAUCUUGUGCUCACGCACAGUCGAUCAACUUCGCGCAAUCCGCGCCGCCUACGAAAAACAAUACGGAAAACAAUUGGAAAAGGACGUGGCUGGCGACACUUCAGGCGAAUUCAAAGAUCUUUUGGUCUCCCUGGUCACCGGCUCAAAAGACGGGAGCCAUGAUACAAAUGAUGUGCAAGCCAAGGAUGAUGCGGUUAGACUUUUCGCUGAUGGCAAAGCCAAGCUCUCCAAGAAAGAGGGCUCGAACUUCCUCCAAAUCUUGGCAACACAAAAUCAAUAUCAACUUCGCAAGGUCUUUGCGUAUUUCCAAGAAUUGGCUGGAACUGAUAUCGAAAAACUCGUCGAAAAGGAAUUCAGCGGGGAUUUGAGAAACAGCUACUUGACAAUUGUUCGCGCCGCUUCGGACAAGCAAAAAUUCUUCGCGCAACAAUUGCACGCCUCAAUGAAGGGCUUGGGAACUCGCGACAAUGAUUUGAUUCGUGUGUUGGUUUCGAGAUCCGAAGUUGAUUUGGAAUUGAUCAAGACCGAGUUCCAAACGCUUUACAACAAGAAUUUGGAGGAUGUUGUGAAGGGUGAUACUUCGGGAGCUUAUCGUGAUGCUCUUCUCUCGAUUAUUCAUGGAAAUCAUCAAUAA